ACACGCUUCAUCAACACCAACGACAAAUCGCCUGCAACCGCAAAUUCCUUGUCCUUCGUUCAUCCUCUUUACUUUCCCACCACGAUCCUUACGAGCGCACAAUAAUCCGCAGCCAUGUUCGAUGUCGACUGGAUGAGCCUUGUGCUCCCUUUCGCCUACCUUACGGUCCUCGGCGGCGUCUUCAUGACCUUUUCCACAAUUUACAGAAAGCGCAAAGCCACUCAGAGCGCCAACCUUGCUCCUUGGUUCGGUCCCCAUCUACAGCGCAACAUCUACCUGUCGCUGCUGCACCUCGAAUCUCCGGAGGAGGGCGCCGAGAAGGCCCCCAAGAUCCCCUCCACCGUCAUCAAAGCCGCCCUCCUCCGCCGCGCCGUUGAAGACAUCCACCGUCUGGUACAGAUCCGUUCCGCCAAGCAGGCAUGCAGCACAUUGCUGCAGCGGGGAAGCGUCGGUGAUGAUCUGUGGCAGCGCUUCCAGCGCGCAGAGAAGGAGAUGGAGGAUGAACUGCGCGACGUCGUGAUGGAGGUCAGUCCACCUACUCCAGAGCCUAGGGUUCUGGUCAGACUAGGAGACUACGUACUAACGUAAUGCCCAGGCCAACGCCCUUGCCCCCAAC